UUCGCCACCACCCCGCCACAAUCACCGCCAGUACUGUCAUCACCACCAUCGCUCUCACCACCAACACCACGAUCAUCCUACACCACCAUCACUCCCUAUGCAACGAAAGAAACUAAGGAUCUCCCUGCCGCCCUUACGAAAGACAUGCACCAUGACAGACAGCCUGGGCAGCAAGAGCGACCACUCUGGCCACUCUGUCAUCCAGGCUGGCCUCCGCGCACGCAUGGAUGUGGUGUGCGUGGUGGACCUCAUCUGCCCCGAGCACCUCCACCACAGGAAGCGUGCGUGGGAAGAGGUCAAGAACAGCUGCCUCUCCAUCAACGCCAACUGCUCCCAUAUACAGUUUCAGAAGCUGGACUUUGGCGAAACAAAUGUCCUUGAACAGUUUUACAAUGCUGACGUGGCCAUCGUGGACAUGUCGGUCAGCGUGCAGCAACACUCCCUCUUCUACCACUUGGGGGUGCGGGAGAGCUUUGACAUGAAGGAGAACAUUCUGCUAUAUAACGACAAUGACUCCGAGGUCACCGUCCCCCUCAAGUUCUCAUGCAGCAACUACAUCUUCAUCUCAUACCGCUACCUUGACAUGGGCCAAUGUGUACUGACGGACCCCAGCACUCGCAUUGGGGCUGAGGACACCCUUCCCUCAGAGUCCAGGGUCCUGCUCUCCACCAAGCUACGUCGGCACCUCCAGGAUGUAGAGAUACAGUCCAAAGCACACAUGAAAGAGAAGUUCCUGGCCGACCUGCGUAAGGCCCGGGACGUCUUCUCCGGCGAGGAACUCAAGAAGCAGCUACACAACCUCCGCCGCCGCCUCGACGACCCCAACAUCCUCUCCAUCGACGUGGUGCUCAACAUGCUCAUAUCGCUACGGGAGAUACAGGACUACGACGCCAUGGUACACCUGGUGGAUGACCUUAAGACCAUCCCCAACCGCAAGCUCUACACCAACACGCCGGCCAUCAGGUUCCUCUACGGCUUUGCUCUCAACAGACGCAACAUGCCAGGGGACAGGGAGAAGGCGCUGGCCGUGAUCACCCGAGCUCUGGAGAAGAAGGAGAACGAGGUACCUGACAUGGUGUGCCUCUGUGGCCGCAUCUACAAGGACAAGUUCGUGGAGUCCCAGCACACAGACCAGGAGAGCCUGCACAGCGCCAUCUUCUGGUACCGUAAGGGCUUUGAGGUGCAGCCCAACGAGUACGCCGGGAUCAACCUUGCCACCCUCCUCGUCAUAGCCGGGAACGACUUCUCCAAAUCAGCGGAACUGCAGCACAUAGGCAUGGUGCUCAACAACCUCAUUGGGAAGAAGGGCUCCCUGUCAUCACUGCAGGAUUACUGGGAUGUGGCCACGUUCUUCGAGAUCAGCGUGUUGGCCGAGGACUAUGGGAAGGCCGUACAGGCAGCUGAGUGUAUGUUCAAACUGAAGCCUCCUAAUUGGUACCUCAAGUCAACCAUCGGGAACAUCAUGCUCAUCAAUCGGUUCAGGAAGCGGCCCGAGGACUGUGAGGCGAGCCCAGAGGAGAAAAUCUUCAACUUCUGGAUCGAGUAUUUUGUGGAGGCAACCAAGACUGAGCUCGGGGACAUGAUUCGCUUCCCGAUCCUCAUCCUGGAGCCGAGUCGCAUGUACCAGCCCAGCUACUACCUGCCCAGCUAUGUGACGGUUAAUCUCGGGGCGGAGGAGAAGAGUCUGCAGCUGUGGAACCUCUGUAUCGACCAAAUGAAGGGCACGUGUCGGCAGGUGCAUGAUUGGCUCUUCACGGCUUCCAGCAUCAAGAGCAUUACGCUGUACAAGAGGGACGAACGCGCGGUCUUCCUCUACGUCCAGGAGAACUCGGACGACUUUCAGAUGUUCUUCCCAUCGGAGCAGUGCCGCCUCACCUUCUUCCGGCUGGUCCAGGAGCUCACCGUGGACCAGAAGGGCACCGUCAUGGACCUGGAGGCGGAGAUAUCGUCAGGGCCCAUACAGUACGAGUAUGAGGUGGACGACAGUGGGAAGAGGAUGGUGCUGGGGAAGGGGACGUACGGGGUGGUGUACGCCGCGCGGGACCUCAACACACAGGUCCGAAUCGCCGUCAAGGAGGUGCCGGAGAAGAAUAUUGGAGAGGUACAGCCACUGCACGAGGAGAUCCGUCUACACUCAGAGCUGCGCCACAGGAACAUCGUGCAGUACCUGGGCACGGCAUCGGAGGACGGCUACUUCAAGAUCUUCAUGGAGCAGGUGCCGGGGGGGUCCCUCUCGGCGCUCCUGAGGUCCAAGUGGGGGCCGCUGAAGGAGAACGAGGCCACAGUGGCGUACUACACGAAGCAGAUCCUGGAGGGCCUCAAGUACCUACACGACCAGAAGAUUGUACACAGGGAUAUUAAAGGUGAUAACGUUCUAGUCAACACAUACACGGGGGUGGUGAAGAUCUCAGACUUCGGCACGUCCAAGCGGCUGGCGGGUGUUUGCCUCAGCACCGAGACCUUCACCGGCACCUUGCAGUACAUGGCGCCCGAGGUCAUUGACAAAGGAGCCAGGGGGUACGGUGCUCCGGCUGAUAUCUGGUCCCUGGGGUGCACGGUGGUAGAGAUGGCGACUGGCAACCCUCCCUUCAUCGAGUUGGGUUCUCCUGAGGCGGCGAUGUUCAAGGUGGGUCUGUACAAAAUGCAUCCGGACAUCCCCGAGGAGCUGAGUGAGAAGGCGCGCGGCUUCAUCCUCAAGUGCUUCGAGCCAGACCCCAACAGGAGGGCCACUGCCGCCCAGCUGCUGGAGGAGCCCUUCCUUACUGACCUGGGGCGCAAGAAGAAGGGUGCCAGACUCACCAACCAGCAGGAGUUCUCGCGCAGCAUCUCUGUGCCUUCUGAACGCACUGUGCGGCCCCACGGCGAGAAGUGCCGCCUUGCCAGCUCGCCCGAUGAUGCCGUAGAGCUCGGCUACAGCUAUGGCUCCCGGUGCAACACUGCCGGCAGCCCUAGCAUCUCCCCAGCCUCACCCUGCUCCUACCUCUCAUCUCUCUCCUACUCAAGCUCUGUGAUGACCGGCUCAGACCUGGAUGACUCGCUGAUGUCUCGGCGCUCCUCCAACGGUGGCCUGCUGUCUCCGGAGGUGGACUCGCCCCGCACGGAUGGGGAGCAGGACGGAUUCUACCUCCUGAAGAAGGACUCCCAGCGCAGGAUGACGCUGACGAAGGUGUUGAUGCAUGACCAGAACAAGAUCACCCAAGUCUGGUACCAGCGGCUGCAGCAGGAGCUCGGCACGGACAAGGACAAGCUCCUUCUCACUCAGGAACACCUUCAGAAGAUCAUGGUGGGCCUCCGAGAGUUCAUCCCAGACCACAAGAAGUUUCCCAUCGAGCAGGCAUUCAGCGUACUGCGGGAGGAGAUCAACUACGAGGAGGCAGUCAACCAGAUCAACCUGGCGCUUUAUAUCUUCCAGGACGCUGUGAAUGAGGUCCUAAAGAGCCACAGCAUCAAGCCCCACUGGAUGUUUGCACUGGAUGACUUGCUGCGCAGCGCUGUACACUGUGCCAUCACUGUGCUCUCCCCAGAGCACGAGGAGCUGCUGGGGCCUGUGGAUGCCGUGGCCGGGGUUCUGGAUCGGCCGCAUGACGCCGUGGAGGAAGGCAGCACAUCGGGCGUCUCCACCAUCAACUCCACCAAGUCCGCUAAGCUGCUGCACGACCUCCACCACUCCAAGCACUGCCACCUCCUGCAGGACAACCUCCAGUCCACACGGGUAGAGAACCUCAGGCUGCUGGAGGAGCUCUAUCUCUCAGAGAAGCGCUACGGUGAGAUGCUCAAGAUGUUCCUCUCAGAGCGGCGAGAACAGAGUCAGCACCUGGCGGACCAGCUCGGGGUCCCCCUCCCACCCCUCGUGCUUGGGGCCACCAACACACCUGCCGGGAAGAGGCUGUGCCAGGAGGAGGGGGGAGCUGCCACACACUCCCCAGCCAGCACCCUGGACUCCACCUCCAGUGCCAACACCAUGACAGCAGAGACUGCUGGCGCCUCAGCCCCCUCGCCCUCACUCUCCCAGGACUGUCCCGUCGUCCACGUGUCUUCCCGCAAUAUAGACAUGGAGUUGGUCUUCUGGCUCCAGUCCCUCAACAUUGAUCGCGAUGUUAUUGACAAGUUUCUUGCCGAGGACUACACCAAGGAUGACGUCCUGACCUGGAUGACCCGGGAUGACCUUAGGCGGAUGAGAAUGAGGGGCGGCAUUGAGCUGCGAAUCUGGCGUAGCAUCAUGCAGUACCGCCAGGACUUAGGGCUGCCCCUCAACCCUGAAGAAUGCAGUAGCAGCAACAGUGGUGGUGGUGGUAGCAGAGGCGUUGGUGGCCAGGGUGUGGGGCCGUCCUCUUCCGCCCCCGCCAAGGACCCGCCUCUGCCACCUCGCUCCACAAAGUUGUAGGUGUGGCAGUUCCUCCUCCCUCAGGCUCUCUUGCCACCUCCUCCAUAUUCUUUACCUAGAAGUAUGAAUAUGUGAACUGUGAUAACCCGGCCACACACUGACACACGCGUGCUGUGCAGAGCAAGGCAACGGAAUAUGUACAAGGAAAGAAAAUGGUCUUCAUGGUAGCCCUUCCCAAACAUUAUGUGCCUCUUGCCGGCAGCCUCAGGUUACUGGAAAGUCUCUCAACGUCAAGGCUUGUCACACUGGGCUUCCUGUUGUAUUGAGUCUGUGACAAGUUACAUGGCCUGACGAUGCUGGCUCAGCGGUGAACCAUUGGUGGAAGCUUUCCUGGCGGUGGUGUGUGUUGGCAGGGCAGCAGGAGGUUGGCUGUGGUGCUACUCAGUCUCACUAAUGCAUCAACUUGUUAACUUCUCCUAGAACAAUUCCUUAAGCCUUAUUAAUUAGAGUUCGCUUCCAAUUACUGGUGCUGUAGAUGCCUUACUCUCACAUUUGUAUAUGAGUUAUUGCUUGUACAUAUUUUUUUAAUAGGUAUCCAUAAGGAAUUAUUGUAUAGUUUUUAGAGGAACCUCACAGCUGCCUUGGUAGGUUUUAGCUGUCAGAAGUCAUUAAAGUAUGUUAAUUAAUUAACAGAUUUUACGCAUGGAGUUCCCAAAGGGAACAUUGUCCAAGAUAUGAAUAGUAUUAGAAGCAGUGUUGUCAGAUUUGAACAAUCUUUCCUUCUCUGACUAAAAAUAUUUUUAUUUCUUGAGGCUCAGCUCCCCACCCUGCAUGUGUCAGCGAUGGGGGUUGAUAGAGUAAUAUAUUUCUAGGUACUAAUACUGAAUCCAAAAUAAAAUCAAAGUGAAGUGACUGAAAACUCUUCAAGUUGCAACACAACAAAAACAAUACUAAACACACACAAACCUAACCCUCUCAUGCCAACACCUUACACAUACUCAUCAUGACUUAAAUGGGCAUAAAACUUUAUUUAACCAUAGUUUACACACACGUAAUACUAGAAUUAGAAACAGCUUAAUGAUACAAAAUGGCGCCCAGACUCACAGAUGACAUGAGGGCAUCUUAGCUCACUGGGGUGGCGGGGUUAGUUAAUGAGAUUUUAGAUGAACACUGAACACUGCAUCUGUCCUGGUGUGGCUCCUUGCAUCUCAUCCAGGCAAAGGGAUCUGAAAUAUACUGUAGUUUACUGUAAUCUAAAGAGAUAGGAAAACUUUAAUAUUUUGUUUUAACCCAUAGUGAGACUAGCAGAUUUUUAGUUUUCUUAAUAUAGUUCAUUUUAAUAAAUAUCAUAACUUGCCCAGAGAAAGAGACAUAAGGAGAGGCUGUGGCCCAAGAUUGCUGGAGGAGGUCAGUCUCUUCUCCUGGCAGUGGAGGGCAGGACUUGAGAAUUCUCAGUAUCCAGUGGAGGAUAAAUACUCCGGGGUGUUGCAUCUCAUAGUUUUGUUAAGGCGACAUAGGAUCACAGGGACGUUUUUUCCCCAGUGUGUUGUAACAAUUGUUGUAGUACAAAUGAAGAGGCAAAUGUUACAUUAAUCUGGUUUUUGCACAAGGUGACACUAAUUGCACUGUACAUGAUGCCAGCUUGAAUUUGCCACUUCUUCUAUUGGAAGUAGCCCUAGUUGUCUUUGGCUCAACCUUAAUUUUAGCAAGAGAUUAUUAUAUGUGUACAUACUGUAAAGAGAUAGAUACUGUAUAUCACUGAAGCACAAGCCACACUCUGGACUCCCAAGGAGCGGAGUGCUGGGCAGGGAUGGCUGGGUGGCAGGGGCCAGCAGGCUGCUUGCUGAGGGCUGGAGCGUCAGGGAAUUGCACAUAACAUUAAAAAGUAUUGUCGUAACAAGGUAGUCAAGUGUCAUUGGAGUGAAGAGCAGCAACACUAAAGUGACUUAAGCAAUAGUACUGUAGUGCUUCAGGCCAUGUUGGGUCAAACAAUGCUCAAUAAUCUUGCCGACUGGCUAUAAUGUUGUGUUUUAUCUCAGGACACACAACCAUGUCCAACCAAAAAAACUGAGGCUGCCUGCCUCUGCCUCACACCACAGAAGCUGUGAAUGCAGAGUGUGUGAGCAUCCUUGCAUAAAUGUGCACAUGCUUCAUGUAUGUGUUCAUCUGUUUACAAAGGCACAAGUUCUGGUGCAGUGUUGCAUGAACACACUUGGGAGGUGAUGUAAUGAAGUGUGGAAGUAGUGUCCUGAGACUUAACACUUCAGCAUAGUCUAAAUUUUUAUAAUUUUCUAGUGCAAAUUUUAGUUCAAAUUGGUGUAUUUUAGUUCACAUUUGCCUGUCAAUUUUCCUAGAGUGCAAACUCUUGGCGUUAGUAGUGAGGUGCAGUUCCUAACUCCCUGGUGAAGCAGUUUUGACAACGUGAAAUUAGUGCAACUACGGCAACGCCACACAAGUUGACAUUACAGGACAGUAGAGGCCAAGACUGCACUUGUGUGGUGGCACCUCGUGGGUGUUUGUUGGUGAUGUGCAGCACGUUGUUCAGGGACUUUUGUCAGUCUGUGUGAUUGUAUUCAUGGAAACACAACAGGAAAAUUGAACCUUGCGUGUGACAUCUUGUCCAGUGUUUUGUCUGGUCAGCAGAACGACCUUUGAGGUGACUCUGGGUUCUGUUAUAACUUUGAUGACAUUUUGAAGUAUAUUUCAUAGGUAACUGGUUUGUUAGGUCACCACUUGCUUACUCAGUAGCAGUAAAGGAGGGCUUCCUGCAGAAAUGAUAAUUAUGUCUGUAGGUCUAUCCAUUGUAAAAGUUUACAGUAUAUAAAUUGGUAGAUUUGUCAAAUAUUUGUCUGAUGGUAAUGGUUUGGCUUACUGGGUGCCAACACAACCUUGUGUACAAAAAAGUUGAUAUUGUUU